AUGGCUGGACAUAAAAUAAAAUUACAAUCAAGUGAUGGUGAUACAUUUGAUGUUGAAGUUGAGAUUGCUAAACAAUCAGCAACAAUAAAAACAAUGUUAGAAGAUCUUGGAAUGGAUGAAGAAGAAGAUGUUAUUCCAUUACCAAAUGUCAAUUCCGCCAUUUUAAAAAAAGUUAUUCAAUGGGCAACUCAUCAUAAAGAUGAUCCACCUCCACCAGAAGAUGAUGAAAAUCGUGAAAAAAAUACGAAUGAUAUAUCAUCAUGGGAUCAAGAUUUUCUAAAAGUUGAUCAAGGAACACUUUUUGAACUUAUUCUAGCUGCUAACUAUUUGGAUAUAAAAGGUUUACUUGAUGUAACAUGCAAAACAGUAGCAAAUAUGAUUAAAGGCAAAACGCCUGAAGAAAUUCGGCGUACAUUUAAUAUCAAAAAUGAUUUUACACCUCAAGAGGAAGAACAAAUCAAAAAAGAAAACGAGUGGUGCGAAGAAAAAUAA